AUGACUCACCCGUCGGUCGUCCUCGCGAUGAUAUUGGUCGCUUGGCUCCACCUCGCUGCGCACCUCCCGUUUCGUUUCUGCGACGUCGUGUUGUCCGUGAUUGGCUAUAUCCUCGUGGAUGCCGGUCAGGCGAAUCUCACGCCUCUCCUCCGCACCUCCCUCACCGGUUGCCUGUCUGCCCUGCGGAUGGAUCCUGCCAUCAGGAUGUAUCCUACGUGUCCGGCUUGUCUCGAGCCUCAUCCAGAGGCUGUUACCGCCGACGGCAACGCCUGCUGCUGUCUCUGCAGCCAUCCGCUUUUCAAGAUCGACAACAGCAGCACGCGCCAUGGGCAGAGACGGGGGAAACGAGCGCGCGCGCAGCCCUAUCUUCAAACACCGGCCAAGUCUAUCGUUGAGCAACUCUCGACACUCCUCGCUCAGCCAGGCAUAGAAGAAGCUCUUGACUCGUGGCGUCGCCGCUCUCGUCUCUCAGGGUGGCUUGCCGACUUUUUCGAUGGCGCGAUCAGCAAGUCACUCCUUGGACCCGACGGAUUACCGUUCUUCAAGCACGACGACGCAGUAGAUCUUGAGGGAGAGCUUAGAAUAGGACUGGCUUUGGGCAUCGAUUGGUUCUCGUAUCUUCGCAGUCUUAUCACACCGUCGUACACCUCAUGUCCAAUGUCCUUUAACAUAGUAAAUUUACCGCCUCAUCUUCGGUAUCGUGCUAGCAAUCUGUUAUUGAGCAUGAUUAUCCCUGGCCCCAAGGAGACCGACCCCGAUCAAACACAGCGCUAUGUGCGAGUGCUCGUCAAUGAGCUGCUCCGCCUCUGGCACAAGGGUCAGGUAAUGCCCACGUACCGUACUGCGCGAGGCCGUCUCGUGCGAGUCAUCCUCGUCGGUGUCUUCUGCGACAAACCGGCAGCACAUAAGAUCGGCGGUUUCGGGUCUCAUGCCCAUACGUUUUUCUGCACCCGCGACUGGAUCACGCAGGGUCUGAAGGCGACAAUCGCUGCAUUCACGAAGGGCGGUUUCACGGCUCGGACGGAUGUGCAUCAUCGCAAGAUGAUGCGCGAGUAUCAUGCCUGUACGAACAAAAACGCUCGCGAGACAUAUGCGAAGUCUUACGCUACACGGUGGUCCGAACUCGCACGCCUCCCAUAUUUUGACAUGUGCCGCAUGGUCGUAGUUGACCCAAUGCACAAUCUAUUCCUCGGUGUGGUGAAGACACAUUUCUACCACAUAUGGGUGCAGCUCAAGAUCUUCCGCAAGACCAAGGAGAUUCGCCAACUCCAUGAGAUACUGGCUGGGCUUCAGCUUCCGUCGAAGCUUGGCCGCCUUCCAAAGCUGAUCGGCGAACCUGCCGGCGGGUCGCUCACCGCCGAUCAGUGGCUCAUUUUGGCCACAAUUGUUGGUCCUCUGGUGCUGCCUGCGUUGUGGGACGAUGUCAACACAUUGGACGUCGAUCAAUACGGGCCCGAUUUCCUGGCCCAGCGGCGUGACACACUUCGUGAGACAGCAUCGGCUCGCAAGCGGCAACAGCAAGCCAAACGAGCAGGCACGGGUGGGGCGAAAAAGACGACUGGGAAGCGACGUCCUGCGGGGGCCGGGCCCAACCUCGCGGAGUCGGAGCCCCAGCGUCGUUCAGGACGCACACGUAAACCUACCGCAAAGGGCAAGGACCUAGUGCUCGAAGACGAUGAUGCAGGAGCACAAGACAAACCUGACGAGGGAGCGUGGGUGGAUGAAGAGGACAACGAAGAUGACAGCUCGCGAGCACCGCAACUGCAUCCGCGCGAUCUAGAGAACUUCUUCAAACUAUGCUCCGCAUUGAAGCUCUUCCUUGCAGAGAGCAUUGAUGAGGCACAGCUGUUGCGUGCCGACGCGCUCAUUCGGGAGUAUUGCGCCGAGCUUGUCGAGCUGUAUGGACCGGAAGUCAUCCGCCCAAAUCACCACUACGCCACGCAUACCGCGGAGUUCGUACGGGACUACGGACCUCUGAGAGAAUUCUGGACAUUCCUCUUUGAACGUCUGAACAAGAUCUUGAAGGGAUACAAAACGAACAAUCACGAAGGCGGAGCGAUCGAGAUGACGUUUUUUCGGGAGUUCCAUCGCGCGACCCACAUGCACCGUUUGCUUACGGAGGGCGUGCAACAUCCUACGCACGCCCCAUUCAGCGCAGCAUGUCGCUUGAUGCUCGAUGCCACCUCUGACAACCGUGGUACUCUACAGCAGCUCGCGGAAGAGCUUGACGAGGUCUUCAGCGACGAUAAUGUAUCGCUCUCGUUCAGCCCCCGCUCCGCCACCGAGAACCUGCCGACUGACGUCUAUUUCGCAUUCCUCGCAUAUCUGAAACGUCGCGACCCACUGCAGCCAUACCAUUCCGAAAUCGCGAUCCCCACAGAUCCUCGGAGUAAGGUCGUAUGCAACCUCGCUACCGUCUUCGACCAUGUCGUUGUCGGUGGUCACCGCUACCAGGCUGCUCGUCGCGCUACCACUGCCGUGAACUCGUUGGUGCUCGUUCGUGUCUCCCCGACUGGCGCCACCUGGAUUGGUGAACUGCAAGAUGUUGUACUGUAUGAGAACGGCCUCACCGCUGUACGGGAGUUGUUCGCCUUUGUCAAGUGGCUGCGGCCGAUCAGCAACGUCGACUUGAACGAUACGUCCUGGCGAGCAUGUAUAUAA